CCCGGCUCAAGCCGAGCGAUGGACGGAGGUUUGUCGGAAUCGGCACACCCAAGCAAAAAAACUGUCGACUUGAUUUUGGUUGACGACAUGAUCUAAGCCUAAGCCUGGCUUCUGUGGUGUCAACCUGUUUCUAUUGCUUUCCUGCUAGCUUUUCUUCCUUAAGAAUGAACAAUUCUAUUUUACUACAUACUAUUUUUCCUUCUUAAAAGUCCAUCGGCAGUCAGAUGAACGCCUUAUCUGUUUCGGCCUUUGCGAAUCGCAUCGCCACUCGAUCAUGGACCUGUUCGACUUGUAGAAGUCAGUUGGUCCGAAGUAAGCCCUUUCGAGAUUUCAGCGCAAGAGGUUUCGCAUCGCGGAGAGGCUCGAGGAAAAGCAAUGGUCACAAGUCCGGCCCUAAACGACCGCUGUUAUAUGCCUCGGCUGGUGUUGGUACUGUAGGCGCGACCGCGCUUGCAUUCACCGACGACAUCAAGAGUAGUUAUGAGGCGGCGGAGCGUACAGGCAGAGUUGCGGUUGCGCUCGCCGUGUGUAUCAACGAUUACCGAACAACAUUAAACGCCAGAGAAACGAUAGCGGACCAUGAUGAACAGGAGAGCAUGCUAAAGGCAUGUCACAAACGAUGCGCCGAACGGACCCUCGUGGUGUUGGAAAAGAAUGGCGGUAUCUUUAUCAAACUCGGCCAGCAUCUGGUAUGAACUCCAUCAACUUCGGAGCUCGAGCGAUCGGACUAAUUACUCCGCCAGAGCGCCAUGAAUUACCUUUUACCAUCCGAAUGGACAAACACUUUCAUCCCCCUGCAGGACAAGUGCCCUGUAUCUUCACUUGAGUCGAUCGAGGAUAUGUUUCGCAAGGAUACAGGAGAAGAGCUUUGGGACUAUUUCUCCGAUUUCGCCCCCGAACCAAUUGGUGCUGCCUCUCUUGCUCAGGUACAUCUGGCAUCCAUCAAGGGGUCAAAUCAGAAGGUUGCGGUCAAGGUUCAACAUCCUGAGCUCGAAGCAUGGGCACCCCUGGAUCUAGCGCUUACCCGGUACACGUUUUCGACUCUGAAACGAUUUUUCCCCGAAUAUGAUCUUGAGUGGCUCUCUUCUGAGAUGGAUGUUUCUCUUCCUAAAGAACUUGACUUCCAAGAAGAGGCUAACAAUGCCCGACGUAUGAAGGAGCACUUUGCUAAGAUUCCACAGCUACCCCUGAUUAUCCCCGAGGUCAUCUGGGCUAAGAAGCGAAUCAUUGUUAUGGCGUGCGAAGCGGGAAGUAGACUCGACGAUCUGGACUAUUUGGAUAAGAACGGUAUUGACCGAGAUGAAGUAUCUGCCACGUUAGCGCGUAUCUUCAACGAAAUGAUCUUUGGUGAUGGUGCACCCCUGCACUGUGAUCCUCACGGUGGCAAUAUUGCAAUCCGCAAGAACAACGCCCGCCGGGGCCUUGGACGAGGUCCUAACUUUGAUGUGAUUUUAUAUGAUCAUGGUCUCUACCGCGACAUUGAGCUUCCUUUGCGAAGGUCAUACGCCAAGAUGUGGCUUGCGGUUAUUGAUGGCGAUAUGGAUCGAAUGAAGAAAUAUGCACAUGAGGUUGCCGGUAUAGAGGACAAGGACUUCCCGCUCUUUGCUUCAGCAAUUACUGGUCGAGACUACAGCAUUGUUAGCAAGUCUGGAUCUAUCCUCGAGACUCGGACAGCGGAUGAGCAAAAGACAAUGAGCGGGGCUCUGCAGGAGGGUCUCAUUGUCGACCUCGUGCAGCUUCUCAGCCGCGUGCCUCGUAUCAUCCUUCUAAUUCUCAAGACAAAUGAUCUAACCCGAAGCCUGGACGAGAACCUCCAGACACGGCAGGGUCCCAUCCGUUCGUUCAUGAUCCUCGCACGAUAUUGCACCAAGACCGUAUUCCACGAGAAGCUUGAAGAGAUCGGUCAAAACGGAUCAUUCCUCUGGCCGUUGAAUGCUGUGCGAGUGUUUGCUGCAUGGGUUGGUUUCAUGCGCGUGGAGAUCAAGUUAGAGGCCUUUGAACUUUGGCUAUUUACCAAGAGAAUGUUGGGUCUAGGCAGCUUAGAGUUUUCAGGUGCGGCGUUACAAAAGUGAAAGAUGACAACGAAUUAGAAGAUGUAUCGAUAUAGAGUAUAUACACCUUGCUGGCGCGACACCCAGAGCAAAUAGAAGUCAGUCACAGAAGGUUUAUGAUGCAAUGCAUUCAUAUCAAGUAAUAAUACAAUUGCAUUUCAACUGUACAA